UCGCCGUUAGAACUGCUUCACAGCCAAAAAAAACGAGUACGUAUCUAGAACCUGAACCGACAGAGUUAAACGGACUCGACAGCGUCCGGAGGCUUUUGCUCGGCGUCUUCGUGCAUUUUGAAAGGUCCGAAAAUGCCGUUUCUUGGACAGGACUGGCGCUCGCCUGGCCAAAACUGGGUUAAAACCGAGGACGGCUGGAAAAAAACGACGAGAAACGAGAACGAGGCGAAUAACAACGUCCCCGAACGGCACGGCAAAGAAGAGGACUACUAUAAAGAGAACCUGCUCCUCUCCAUUAAUUAUGAUGUGGCCACAAAGAAGCGGAAGAAGGACUUGAUGAACAACAACACGAAGAUUCCUUAUUUUCAUAAAGACCAGUGGAUUUAUGUUCACAAGGGGAGCACCAAAGAGCGCCAUGGCUAUUGUACUCUGGGAGAGGCUUUUAACCGCUUGGACUUCUGCAGCGCCAUCAAGGACACCAGGCGGUUUAAUUACGUCGUGAGGCUGUUGGAGCUGAUUGCCAAGUCCCAGCUGCCCUCGCUGAGCGGAGUGGCGCAGAAGAACUACAUGAACAUUCUGGAAAGAGUUGUGCAGAAAGUUCUGGAGGAUCAACAGAAUGUGAGGCCUAUCAAGGAGCUGCUGCAGACCCUGUAUGUGUCACUGUGCAGUCUGGUGCAGGACAUGGGCAAGUCGGUGCUGGUGGGAAACAUCAAUAUCUGGGUGCACCGGAUGGAGAACAUUCUGCAGUGGCAGCAGCAGCUGGACAACAUUCAGAUCAACAGGCCCACAAACCCAGGGAUGACGCUGUUGGACCUGCCAGUCAGUCUACAACUGAACAUCAUGCAACGUUUGUCAGAUGGACGAGACCUGGUCAGUCUGGGUCAGGUGUGUCCUGACUUGGGUGCGCUCACUGAAGACCGGCUGUUGUGGAAGAACCUCUGCCAGUACCACUUCACAGAACGACAGAUCCGCAGGCGCCUCAUCGUAUCUGAUAAGGGACACCUGGAAUGGAAGAAGAUGUACUUUAAGCUGUGCAGAUGCUACCCUCACAAGGAGCAGUACAGCGACACCUUGCAGUUUUGCACACACUGCCACAUCCUGUUCUGGAAGGAUGCAAACCACCCUUGCACGGCCAACAACCCAGAAAGCUGCAGCAUUUCUGUGACCCCACAAGGUUUCAUCAACCUCUUCAAGUUCUGAUAGGACUUUUCUGUGCUUCCACUGUAUGUACAUAGUGUAUAUAAUGUCUAAAGUGCAAUAGACAGCAGGAUGGUUUAAAGGAAUAUUCCAGCAAUCACUACAGCUUCCAUUGGUGGCAUACAGUCAGAUACCAGGCCAUUUUUGGCUUUCCCUUUAUUUAAUAAAUGAACUAGGGGAAAGUGGACUUGGGCAGUUCCUUCGGGCAAUUUUCCGUGCUGGUGUAUUCCUUCAAAACCGAGGUCUGGGGAUGUCUGAAGUAUUCUGGGAGAUCACGAAAAAGGACCUUGGACUAUGAAUGUAAACGUCAGCGAUGAUGUUUCGGAGGAAUAAGAAGUAUUACAAGGUGUUUUGUUGGGCAUGAACAUUUACUCAAAGAGAAAAUACGCUUGGCUUGGCGCAAGCAGCUGCAUUUAGUUGCCCUCAUUUACUCGACGAAUGUCUUUUAUCUGCGAUUGGCAGAGUGUAAACUCUUGGACUGUUCUGUAUCUGCAUUUGUGAAAGCAUGCCGGUGCUUUUAUUGAGAAUGUGUGGCGAGUAGGUUUGUUUACUGUCCGUCAUAAUGGCGUGCAAUACUUUUUUUUUUUUUCUAAGUAACCUUUUUCCACUUUUAUACGUUUGAUAUUUUCCGUUUGUUUUGAAAUCUUUGGAGUAACUCCAAUAAUGUGCGAAUGCUUGACUACAUUACGACCCAUCACAACACUAAAGCAGUCGACUUUGAGGUGCCUUAAUAUUGUAUCGAUUUGAAUACCAGUCUAGAAAGUGUACGUGAAAACGUAUGUGCAGUGAUGUUAGUGGAUAUGGGGUGAACUUUUUUUUUUUUUUUCUUUCCAAAUUGUGAAUAUGUUCAUGACCACCUGCAUGUUAUGAAUUUGAUACCAAAGAGCUUUCUCUUGUUUCCACGGCUGACUGUUAUUUUGACCGGGAGCCUCGAGGACGUCUUGUACGCAGUGUCCUAACACUUCUGUUCGGCCCUCUGGGGUUACGCAAACAAAGAUGCUUGUGAAGAGCAAGCCAAAAGAGUCAUGGGCCUUGAUGGAUUAAAAAUAAAGUUCUUCUAAUAUUGCU